AUAUCAGUCACAGUUUUCUUCCCACUAAGAAUACUCUGUUUUCUCCUACCCCCCCCUCCCCCUCCUCUCUCUCUCUCUCUCUCAUUUGUUAAUGCAAUGGCAGUUGAGUGUAUGAAAACCCUAAGCCACCACAAAGAAGAUGACCAAAAGCCACUAGUCUUUGACGCUUCUUUGCUCCGGUACGAAACUGACAUACCCAAACAGUUCAUUUGGCCCGAUGAUGAGAAGCCAUGUCCUAACACACGAGAACUACAAGUUCCACUCAUAGACUUGGGUGACUUCCUCUCCGGCAACCCUGAGGCCGCAAUGAAAGCCUCGAGGCUCGUCGGAGAAGCCUGCGAAAAGCAUGGCUUCUUUCUCGUCGUGAAUCACGGCGUUAAAGAGAGCCUCAUAGCUGAUGCACACCAAUACAUGGACGAGUUCUUUGGUUUGCCCCUCUCUGAAAAACAGAGGGCUCAGAGGAAAGCCGGCGAGCACUGCGGCUACGCCAGUAGCUUCACCGGAAGGUUCUCGUCGAAACUCCCCUGGAAAGAAACGCUGUCGUUUAGCUACACCGCGGAUCAAAGCUCCUCCAAUGUUGUUAAGGAUUACCUCUGCAAUGCCAUGGGAGAAGAGUUCGAUGAAUUCGGGAGGGUGUACCAAGAUUACAGUGAGGCCAUGAGCACACUGUCCAUAGGGAUCAUGGAGCUUCUGGGAAUGAGCCUCGGCGUGGGCAGAACACAUUUCAAAGAGUUUUUCGGAGACAAUGAUUCGAUAAUGAGGUUGAAUUACUACCCGCCAUGCCAGAAACCAGACCAGACUUUAGGCACAGGACCUCAUUGUGAUCCGACUUCUUUAACCAUUCUUCACCAAGACCAAGUUGGGGGACUUGAAGUGUUUGUGGACGAAGAAUGGCGCUCGAUCAGCCCGAAUUUAAACGCCUUUGUUGUCAACAUUGGUGACACCUUCAUGGCUCUUUCAAACGGGAGGUACAAGAGUUGCUUGCACAGAGCAGUAGUGAACAGCAAAACCCCAAGGAAAUCACUAGCGUUUUUCUUGUGUCCAAAAGAUGAUAAGGUGGUGAAGCCACCGAGGGAGUUGAUUGAUAGUUCGUACCCGAGAAUAUAUCCGGAUUUCACAUGGCCGAUGUUGCUAGAGUUCACACAGAAGCAUUACAGAGCUGACAUGAAGACCCUGCAAGCCUUCACGAACUGGCUUCAAGAACAGAGGAGCAGCUGAAGAAGUUUUACCUAAACAGAAACUUGGGUUCCACAUGGGUCUAGGAAAAUGACAUUAUCGGAUGGAGGUGGUGGUAGGCCUGGGAAUUUUGCUUAGACUGCUAUGCAAAAGAAUUGAGACAGAGGCAAAGUUAGAGGAAAAGCCACUCUUUUUUUCUUUUCUUUUUUUUCUUUUUAGUACUGUUCCGGCUCUGGUAAUUAGGUAGUUCUUAGGAGAAGAACAGAAUGCAAGACAAAAUGGGACAUAAGGAACCAAUAAAUUAAGAGCUGGGUUCAGUCUUUUUGUAUUUUACUAUGAUUAUGUAGAAAGAUUAU